UUUCUCUACACAAACUAGUUAGAGUAUUCUGCGAAAGAACAAAAAUACAUAAUAUUAAAUAAAAAACCGCAACAUCCACAAAAAUGCCAGCUGGACGUGUUGCCGGAAAAGCUGGUUAUUCCACCAACUAUUAUAAUGAUGGACGUUCAUAUGUUGGCAUUAAUGAAGAGAUUAUGUGGGUCAGCAUUGGCAUGGGCAUAACCAUUGCCGUAUUGAUAACUAUUGCGCUCUGUUAUAUAGCACGUGAAAAAUGCCAGAAACGUCAAAGGGAAUAUUAUGUGACAGCAUAGCUGGCUUCA